CAAUGGCGUACCUUCUGGUUGCCUGCGAGCGGAAGUGACGCCAUCGCGUUUGUUUCGGAAGCGAAACGGCGUCAGAUUUAAACGGACUGUAAAUUUCAGAUGAAGCAGACAGUAGCAGGACGCUGAGAUCAUGUCUGAGAGCCGGCAGACGCAGCGAGGUGAUAAUGGAGCUCGUGACAGGACGAGACGCAGGGAUGGUGGACUGAGUAAAGCGUCUCUACAUGCGUCUCACCCUCACACCGUGACGCGCUCCACUCAGGGGGAUCUGCAGGAGAUCGGCAGGCUGAGAGAGGCGAUUGGUCAGCUGCAGACAGAAGGGCGGGGCUGUGACAAAGAGGAGGAGCUGAGAUGGAGGAUCAACCAGCUGGAGAAGGACAAGCUCGAGCUCAGCUCCAAGUACAACCAGGAGGUGUCAGAUUACCAGGCUCAGCUCACUCGCUGUCGUGCCCUGCUGGAGAAAGGAGAGGCUCAGAGACAGACACUGGAGUAUGAGCUCGCUGUGGUGAAAAGAGAUGCAGCAGCUCAGAAAAGUCACUCUGAGGAUAAGAUGGCCGGCCUGAUCACACACAACCAGCAGCUAGAGGGCCUCAGUGCAGAGCUGCAUCAGAGGGCCUCUGAUCUACAGAGAGCUUUGGAAAUCACUCAGCAAGCUCGAUAUGAUGAUGAGCGGAGCCUCCAGUCGGAGCUGCGUGAGAGGGACCAUCUGAUUCACAGCGUUAGCACAGAGAGAGAACUGCUGCAGGAGGAGAACAGACGCCUGGACACACUGUUGCAGGAGCAGAAAGACACACUGCAGGAGCUGAAGGACAGGAUGGACAGUGUGCAGAGGGACAGAGAGCGAGAUGCCGAGGAGCUCAGAGUGAGGACUGCUGAGCUGAGGAAGAGUAUGGAGCGUGAAGAGAGGAUGAAGAAGAAGGUGGAGAUGGCUAUACAGAGAGUAAAGGUUCUGGAGGAGAGUGUGGAGGCAGAGAGAGCUGCUCACCUGGAGUUCAAGGUCAGCGCUGAAGUCAUUCAGCUGCGUCUUAGGGAUGUGGAAGCGGCUCUGUCAGUAGAGAAGAGGAAUCAGGCCGAGGCUGCAUCCAGUCUGGAGCUGCUCAAAGACAAGCUUGGAGAAGUGGAGAGAGCACACACACGAGAGAGACAGCGCGCUGACAACACACAACACACACUCACACUAGUGAAGCAGGAGUACCAGUACUCUAAAACCAAUCUGAUUGACCAGCUGGAGAAAGCCAAGGCCGCCUUGGCUGAUCUGAUUGGUCAGAUGGAGCAGGAGAAGGUGGAGUCAGCUAAGCUGAUUGGUCAGAUGGAGCGGGAGAAGGCGGAGUCAGCUAAGCUGAUUGGUCAGAUGGAGCGGGAGAAGGCGGAGUCAGCUAAGCUGAUUGGUCAGAUGGAGCGGGAGAAGGCGGAGUCAGCUAAGCUGAUUGGUCAGAUGGAGCGGGAGAAGGCGGAGUCAGCUAAGCUGAUUGGUCAGAUGGAGCGGGAGAAGGCGGAGUCAGCUAAGCUGUCAGUUAGACUGCAUGAACAGGAGAGAGUUCAGAUGGAGAGAGGGCAAGAACUCAACCUGGUCCGGAAGAGGCUGGUAUUUGUGGAGAAAACAUAUGAAGGUCUUCUCAAAGAAAUUGAGCAGCUGUUACUCCAUCAUCACCACCAGCACCAGGGGGCACCACCCAUCAACACUACUGGAGAUAAACAGAACCCGUCUGCUCUGAUGGACCUCUUGAGAAGAGAGUUACACCGCUAUCACACAGAGCUGAAGGACUUGGUGAAGGUGGUUGAAACUCUGAACAAAGAGAAUAAAGACAAAGAUGAGAUCAUCGCUGACCUGAGGAGACACAUACAGGAAUGUGAGGCUCGGUGUGUGUGUGUGAGUGAGGAGGCGGAGCGUCUACGUGUGUGCGUUGCCGACGCAGCAGAGCAAGCGCAGAUGGAACUGCAGAGCAUCACACGCCGCUGGGAGCAGGAGAGGGAGCAACACACACACUCCAAAACUCACAUACACACACUCAGACAGGAGCAUGACAGGGAGCGCCAGGAGAAGCUGACCUUCCUGCACACUCUGUACCAGCGGCUCCUCACUGGCUGUGUGAUAGUAGCCCCGCCCCAGAGCAUGAUGGGUAGUUUUUCAUGGGCAGAGCUUAGUAUCAUGCUACAAGAGCAGGCAGACGCGCUGACCUCUGACCUCAGCUCAGCCAAUCAGAGGAUUGAAUGUUUAGAGAAUGUGUGUGAGGGGAAGGAGGCGGCGCUGACAAGUGUGUGUGAGCAGCUGAAGCAGAGAGAGGAGAGCUGGAUCAAACAGAGAGAGGAGCUGGACACACAACACACACAUAUGAUCAACAAACUACACACCACAGCUCAGGAUCUGAAGAGUCGUUUGGAUCACACUGAAAAGAGUCUCCGGGUUUCUGAGCGCUCUCACUCUGCCCUCCAACAGGAAGUGACUCGCCUUCAGGAGCUGGUGCGUGUGUGUCGCCGUGAUGAUGCGUCCCUCCUGGCAGCAUGCGCUAUGCUGGCGGGGUGUGUGUGUGCGAUGCACGGCCGCGUGCGUGCACUGGUGUGUCAGAAAGCCCUGCUGCAGCAAAGCGUGUGUGAUUCUGAGUCUCUCCAGCAGGAAGUGAGCGCUCUACUGCAUGCGCUCAGUGACCCCAGGGUUGAAGGUCAGAGCGGGGUCAGAGGAGGUGUGUGGAAGUUUAGAGUGCAUGUGAUUGCUGUGAUGGCCGCCCUUCGUCUCCUCACUCUGUACAGGAACACAACCACCCUGCUCAGAGUUGGUGGAGGAGUGUGUGUGAGAGAGCUGAGGCUGAGCAGCACACACACUGAGGAAGAGGAAAACCAGAGAGUGAUGAAGAUGCUCACAUCCUCACAGCUGUGUGUGAUCUUACACACCUGCAUGCAGGAGGUGCAGACAGAGCUUCAGAGAACCGAGCACAGUGUCUUAGCGGCCGCUCGUUCCAGCUUCACUAAGCUGAUUGAGAAGCUGCUGCCUGAGUCAGAGUCAGGUUGCUAUGGUGAUGUGGGGUCUUUGGCACGGCAUCUGGGUCACGGAUUGAACAACCUCCGCAAAACACACCCUCUCCCAUUGAGACAUGACACCAACAAGGUCAUGGUCUCUGCCCUGCAGCAGCACUUCCUGGUGUUUACUCAGCGUUUACACUCCACUGAGGUGGAGAGGAGAGACCUGAGGAUCGAACUGUCACGUAUUAAACGCAGAAACACACACACUCACAGUGAGACGAAGGACAACACACACACAUGGUGUGUGCCAGUGCAGCAGUUCCGCAGUGUGUGUGAGGAGUUGAGCUCGGCUCUGCAGAGGGAACAGCAGGCACAGUCUCUCCUGCAUGAACAGGCCACACAGCUGCAGGAGCUCGGUGUUACCAUGGAGACACAUACCUCAGAACAGCUGGAAAAAGACCACACACUCGCUCAGGCUGUACAGAGUCUGUCUGAUGUGAAGGCGGAGCUAAAGAGGAAAGAUCAAUCUCUACAGUUGCUAGGGAAACGGCUAAGUCAAUCACAGCAAGAGAAACAGGAGCUACAGCAGAGCAUCAACAGAGCGGAAAACACACUGCGCAUGGCAGCUAGGAGUAAAGAGUGUUUAUCGAGCUACAUCAUGUCAGUGGAAUGCAGAUUGAGAGAGCUAAAGGAUCGUCUCCUCCUCUCUCACGCCACAUCCUCACGAGAAGACUUCAUCUUGCACUUACCCACAAUGCACCAGGACACACAGGGCUUGGAGCUGGACAGUGGAGGAGUGGAGAUGAAGGCGUGUCAGGCUCUGGUGCGCAGUUUUACAGACGUGUAUGAGUUAGCGUGUAGUAAGAUGGUGUUUCUGGAGAGAGAGAUCUCCUCAUAUCAGUCGCACAUCGCUGCUCUGAAAGCAGAGUUACACGAAGCCUGCAUACGAGAGAACCAGUGCUACCUAAUCGGAUGUACUGACACGCUGGCUCCUCUUUCUGAAGCAGAGGGGAAUUGUGGGAUACCAGCUCUCAAGCCCACUGGUGUCGCAGUGAAAGAUGUCCCCAGAAACAUGCACACACUCCAAAAUAAGUCCACUGUUCCACUGAAGAAGAGCAGAAGUGUGAAAAAACCCUUCAAAAUCUCCACAAGUGCCUCAAAACCAUCAACAUGAAAAAGCUCUGUUCCCCACUGAAAUGCAUUUUGUACUAAAUUGUACUUUAUUGUAGAUUUUGCAUUUUAGAAAAUAAGAGCGAUUGUUUUAUAGUUGUCUGUCACUGCUGCUAAUGACUGCUAGAAAUAAACUAUUAAACAGUCAA